AAAAUGGACGAGCAGACGGCUUUCGUCUUAGCACUACAGAUUCUAGCACUUUUUUCAAUUGCUGGAGCCCUUUUGCUGUAUCUCAUAUGCAAAAUACAAAAGACGGAAUCAGUCACCUUGGAAAAUAUUCCUGGAGCCAGCAAACCUAUUCUAGUCACAUGUGCAGAUAAUGCUAUAGGAUUACAAAUAUCUAUCCAUUUGGCCAACAGAGGCUUCAGGGUCUUCAGUGGCCUUAAGGAGGGUGCUGGCACAGGCUCAUCAGAAGAUUCAGUUGCCGCCAGAGUGAUAAGAUCAUGGCAGAAAAACAGAGAGAGUCAAAAUGGCUUAGUUCGCGGCUCCAUUGUUGCGUUACCACUUGAUGUAAAUCGAGAAGAUCUGAUACAAGAGGCAGCUGAUAUCAUCCGGGCACAUUUGCAGGCCGGGGAGGAUGGUCUCUGGGCGGUGAUCAACACAACGGGUCUCAUCUACAGAGGUCGUUUAGAUCAACAAGAUAUAAGCCACUGGGAAGCAAUGUUCAAAACCAAUUUAGUAGGGGUUCUGAGGACGUCAAGAGCUUUUCAAGGUCUACCUCGAAACACUUCCGGUAGAAUCGUCACCAUUGGACGUGAAGAAUGUUCGGAUGGGGGAUUCGUGUCUUAUGCAGCAACAAGAUACGCUGUUCUGGGAGCCACCGAUGCGUUGAGGAAGGAGUUGGCACCAACGGGAAUCAAGGUCAUCUCCUUGGAGCCUAAAGGCUUCCAUACGGAGGAUCUUUACGUUAUUCCGAAACCCAGAAAAAAUAGUGAACAAACGGAGAUAUCGGUCGAUAUCAAUGGAUGCUUGGAAUAUUAUCCGAAGGCAUUACCGUCAUAUUCCCUUCAAAUAUUGGACGUAUGCUUGACAACAAGAAAUCCUAAGCCGAGUUAGUCCUUGGCUUAUAAAUACCAUUGGUUGAAAACAUUGCAGUCUAUUAUUGUAUAGAUUAUUGGGACAAUCAUAACGGAUGAGGAGAAGACUGUCUCAUUGAGAUAUCGAGUUUAAUGAAGUGAAAAAUCUCCACAAGAUCCAUUAUUCGAAGAAACAUUCCGACCUGCUCAUAUAGUGGUUGAUUUCUGAUUUUUCUUUCUUCGCAUCCUAAUAACUUUUAUAAAAGGAGUUCAUCUAGAAUGGUUUUGUGAAUUGGAUAUUAUCGAGGAUUUUUUUGUGUGUUGAAAUCUAACGCCAUGAACUGGACACGUACCUGUAUAUAUUAUAUAUUGUACUAUAUUAUUAUUUGUAACUAACAAAAUGUGCAUAUAGUAAAUAAAAUUUUUGAAAAAAAA